AUGACCUCCCAAAACCACUCUGUGGUGAUGAAAUUCACUCUCUCAGGACUCACAGAGGACCCAGUGCUACAGAAGGUUCUCUUUGGGGUGUUUCUGGCCAUCUACCUAAUCACACUGGCAGGGAAUCUGUGCAUGAUCGUGCUGAUCAGGACCAAUUCCCACCUGCAGACACCCAUGUAUUUCUUCCUUGGCCACCUCUCCUUUGUAGACAUUUGCUACUCCUCCAGUGUUACUCCAAAUAUGCCGAACAAUUUCCUGUCAGAACAGAAGACCAUCUCCUAUGCUGGAUGCUUCACACAGUGUCUUCUCUUCAUUGCCCUGGUGAUCACUGAGAUUUAUCUCCUGGCGUCAAUGGCACUGGAUCGCUAUGUAGCCAUCUGCAGCCCUUUACAUUACAGUUCCAGGAUGUCCAGGAGCAUGUGUGUCUCUCUAGUCACUGUCCCCUACGUGUUCGGCUUCUUUAAUGGACUCUCUCAGUCACUGCUGACGUUCCACUUAUCCUUCUGCGGCUCCCUUGACAUCAACCAUUUCUACUGCGCGGAUCCUCCUCUUAUAAUGCUGGCCUGCUCUGACACCUAUGUCAAAAAGAUGGCAAUGUUCACAGUUGCUGGCUUUACUCUCUCAAGCUCUCUCUUCAUCAUUCUUCUGUCCUACCUUUUCAUUUUUGCAACUAUUAUGAGGAUUCGUUCUGCUGAAGGCAGGUGCAAAGCCUUUUCCACAUGUGGUUCCCACCUGACAACAGUCACCGUGUUUUAUGGAACCCUCUUCUGCAUGUACUUAAGGCCUCCCUCUGAGAAAUCUUUAGAGGAGUCCAAAGUAAUUGCAGUUUUUUAUACUUUUUUAAGCCCAAUGCUCAACCCGUUGAUCUAUAGCCUAAGGAAUAAAGACGUGAUUCAUGCCUUGCAACAAAUGAUUAGGGGAAAUUUAUUUUAUAAAAUUGCAUGUUAG